AUGAGUAUAGAACUAUCAAUAAAAGACGUAGCAUAUUUAGGUAUACAUAACACAGCAGGGAAAGUAUUUUAUAGUAUGAAUUUUGAUAAGAUAGAUAUAAAAGAUCUCUUAAACAAUAUUGGUAGAGAUGAAAUAGGUGUAUACAAUAAUUAUACAAUGAUGGUUGAUACAAGACAUACAUCAGAGAGUUCAGAUAUUCAAAUUGUUCUUUUAAGUAAAUCAACAUCAAAUGAAUUGUUUGUAAGAAAUGCUAUGGAUAAUUUAAUCAUGGCAUUAGAAAAGUAUAUUAAGAAGUGGAGUUUUAAUAGAAUUGAACUUAAAUAUGAUUUGAUAGUGUUAGUUUGUAAUGAGUUUUUAUAUAAUGGAAUAAUAUUAGAAGAUGAUUAUAAGAAGUUAUUAAAUAGAAUAGAAAAGAGAACAUUUGAGAGUUUAGCUGGUAUUAAAGUCAAUAAAGGAUUAGCUUCAAUGUUAGGUAAAGCAGCUAGAGAUGUAAAAGAUUCUUUUAACAUUUAA